AUGGAUCAAUUUGGUGAGAUGAGCACCUCCGUUGCUGGCACCAAUAUUUCGUCAUUUCCUGGAACAUUUCCCAGUGAGUUUCUGGAAAGUGAAAGACCAUCUCUAAAAGAAUCCAGCACUGGGGAAUUCAACGGUGCACUGUCUCUGAAACGUGGUGGCGACGAAGAAACAAACUUAGGAAACUUCCAUCGGCUUCGCAACUGCUCCAAAUCCCAUUCAACACCCGCGACUCUGAAAUGGUUGGAAGACAAUUACGAGAUAGCAGAAUCUGUGUGUAUCCCCAGGAGUACUUUAUACUCUCACUAUCUGGACUACUGCGAAACCAACGACACACAACCCGUCAACGCAGCCAGCUUCGGAAAGAUAAUUCGGCAACAGUUUCCUCAAAUCACUACGCGGCGACUUGGCACCAGAGGGCAAUCAAAAUAUCAUUACUACGGCAUCGGGGUACGAGAAGCGUCAAAGUAUUUUGAAGUUGUAUAUUCUUCAAAAGGAGCGCAGAGUUCAAAUGAAGGGAAGAAAGAAAACUCUAAACAGAUCGUUGCUUACUCGCCACGCUCCAAGCUCGGUACACUGCUUCCAGAUUUUCCUGACAUCAAAGAAAUCAAACUUCCAGACACUGUAGACGAAGACAAGGUGCUCACCUUCAUGAUGAUGUAUAGAACACAUUGUCAGAGAAUACUGGACACUGUUAUCAGAGCUAACUUUGAUGAGGUUCAGAACUUCCUGCUUCACUUCUGGCAGGGCAUGCCGGGACACAUGAUGGAAAUCCUAGAUACACAGACGAUAGUUUUACUUGUUGGCGUCUGUGACACCAUGCUAUACAAAGCCAUCGCCAAUGUCCUCAUGCCAACCGUCCUACAAGCUCUACCAGAAAGUCUGAUACAAGUUAUCAAGAAAUUUUCAAAGCAACUCGACGAAUGGUUAAAAAUUGCUUUAGAUUCCUUACCAAGUGGAAUUAGGAAAAUGAAAUUUGAUCUUGCCCGUCGGUUUGCCCAGCUUCUUCGUCGUCAGACGUCGUUGAAUCAUCUCUGUCAGGCAGCUCGGUCCGUGGUCCACAACCCUGAUGUUUCCGCCCAAAUGUUGGAGGAUUGGAUCAGCGUGGACCUCAAUAGUAUCAUUAAACAGACCAUGUACACCAUGGAGGGCUACAACGAGAGAGUCACGGACAUUAUCGUCAGUCUUUGCAGUGAAUUUGAACAACUGCUAGAAGACCAGGCGCCUUUACAAUCCUACAUAGAGUGGCUGGACAACAUGGUGGUUAGAUGUGUAGUGCGGUAUGCUAAGAAUCGACCUGGUUCUUUGCGGAGAACGGCUCGUCAAUUCCUGCUGAUGUGGUCCUGUUUUGGAACCAGGGUUAUUCGAGACAUGACGCUUCACAGUGCUCCCAGUUUCGGUUCGUUUCACUUGCUGCACCUGAUGUUUGAUGAUUACGUGCUAUAUCUGGUGGAGAAUCUGUACAGUCAGGAGAGGUCCAAAGACUUCCUCAGGCACAUCAAGGGAGAAAUCACAGAUCUUACAGAUGAUGACCCAUUGCCAGAUUACAGCAUUAUUAAAGAAGCAUUCUUGUCUCCUGAGUCGACAAAAUCUUCAUUAGAAACAGACAUGGAAGCACAGAUAACGAAGGUCUCCGUCUUCAAGGAAAACAUAGGAAAUGAUCGUUCACUGAUCUCUCCAAGGACUCUGUUCGAUAGUUCCACGCCAGAUUAUGAGUGCGGACAGUCUACCGCUCAUAACCAUAGAACACAAUUAAUAAAAGAGGUUCGCCAUUCGUACAACUUAAUGGAGUCUGUCAUACCCUUCGGAACAAAUUGUAACAGAACACAUGAUCAACAGAUAUUAGGAAUACAUUCCAACAAUAAUGCCACGUCUAACAUCAGUUGCUUAAAUGAAGGCCCAAGUAAUGAGAUGAACAGACACAAUGCUUUUUUCAUGGAAUUUCAAAGCAGCACAAUUCCGGACAACAGAAUUCCGGACAACAGCAGAUAUACAAUACAGUACGUGUCCUCAUAUAUUUUGCGAAAAAGCCAGUAA